UUUGUCCCCAGAGACGACAGGAGAGACGGGAGAGCAGCGACAGGGCUGCGCUGCUGGGAUGGGGGCAAAAACAUGAAGCAAGCUGCUGAGCUCUCAACCUCCAGCCCUUGGCAGCCUUCUUGAGGAGAAGCAGGGACAGCGGUGGGGAGCCUCAGCCCGCGCUCGGCAGCCACCGAGGCCGGAACGGUUGGAUAAAGGACCCACGGGACACCACGUACCGCGGGUGCGGGUGGCGGCCGCCUGCUCCCGCAGAGCGGAACUACAUUUCCCAGCACCCUUCCCCACCAGCACCGCCCCUUCCACGCCGGGCUGGGCCUACGCCCUCACCCGGAGCCGCGGGGCGGCACUACAGCGCCCGGCAGCCCCGGCUAGCCCUCCGCGCCCUCGCCUGUGGCGGCGGCGGCGGUAGUUGCGCUUCGGCCGCUGUCAGCGGCGGCCGAGCCCGGCGCUGCGCGGCUGGGGGGACGCCAUGGCUGACAGCGGAAAGCCCUCGGAGGCUCCGGCCGUGGCACCUCCGGGCUCGCCGGCGCAGGAGCGGCGGCCGAGUGGCUCUGCCAGCGCGGGUACCGCCGGGGCGGAGGGCGCGGCGGCCAUGCCACGGCUGCCGUUGGGCAGCCCGGGCGGUGCGGCUGGGAUGUCGCUGCCGCGGCUGGAGAAGCCGAUCAAGCAGGCCUUCUACAACACCGGGGCGCUGCUGUUCGCCGGGCUGUGCUGCGGCGCCGCCGUCCUGGUCUACUUUAUCCUGGAGGCCUUCCUGCGGCCGCUGCUCUGGGCUGUGCUCUGCGGCACCUUCCUGCACCCGUUCAAGAGCUCGCUGACGGCGCUGGGCCGCCGCUGGCUCGGCCGCCUGCAGCGCUCCCGCACUCCUGUCCUGCUGGCUACACUCCUCCUCCCCAUCUGCUUCGCCAACUACGGCGUGGAGGCGCUGGGUGAGCAGGUGCUGCGGCGGCGGCGCCUCCUGCUGCUCCUGGGCGCAGGGGGGCCGCUGCUCUACGGACUCUACUGCCUGGGCAGCUCCCUGGGCGUGCAGGUGCUGCUGGCCCAGGCCGGCUGCCUCAUCUGCCAGGGGCUGGACUACUUCAGCAGCCAGUGGAUAUGGACCUUGGUGGUUGGUUACCUGCUGAUGGUUUCAUUCAAGUGGAAUAUAAGCACUGAACGUUACUUAAAAGCAGUCUCUGUCCCUGUCUGGAUUAUGCUGCUCUUUCACUUAGCUUCUGUGGCAGGUUCCUGGAGAAUUCCUGUGUUUCUGGUUAUAGUUUUUCUGAUGACUGUAGGCAUGUUGUAUGAACAACAGAAUGGAAAGGAGUCUUCUGGGGCAGAGCUUCCUGGUCAGAUGAUUUCCAUUGCUGCUUCAACAAUUGCCAUGGCUAUUUCAAUGACAGAAGAUGCGUCCGAUAGUGAACAUUCCUCAAAACCCUCAGGAGCAACAGAAGGUGAUCAGCCUCCACAAGCUUCAUCAUCUGUCUCCUCCUCUUCAUCCUCUUCAUCCUCUUCUGGGAGCAGACAAAGAGCUGAGAUUGGAUCUUUUCUUAGAAAAAAGAAAACUAGUGAUAUUUACUUUGUUACACUUGUGUGGGCCAUUGUCAUUGUCCAGAUCUGGCUAAACUUCUGGAUUGUGCAGCUAUUGCCGGUGCCUUUUGCAGUUUGGGCACUUAAAAAGCUUGUGAUUCAUUUUGGAGUUUUGAACUUCAUGGCAAACCAUUGCAAAAGUUGGUGGCAACUUGUUGAAAAAUUUAUGAAGGAACGUCAGGAAGCUCUUGCUCCACGGCCCAUCAGAGGGCUUGGAAGAGUCAUGUUAAAGCUUGACAGUAAGCUGUGGCACUGGCUUAAUAAGAAGAUGAUCGUGUGGUUGGAGAAAAUGCUAGAUAAAAUAAUCAGCAUUUUCAUAAUAUUUUUGCUAGUAAUAGGAACCCUUCUACUAGCCCUGCUCCUUACAGCAAAGGUACAUCAAGAGAGUGUUCACAUGAUUCAAGUCACAAGCAGCUUGAUCAAUGAGACUGUAGCCAGUCACCCAGAAUGGGCAAACUGGCUCCCAGAAGCCCAGGUUAUUCAGAAGGCACUCAAUUCAGCAGUUAAUAAUGUAUACCAAUAUGGCCGAGAAUGGAUUACACAUAAGCUCCAUAAGAUUUUAGGAGAAAAAGUGAAUAACACCGCUGUGAUUGAAAAACAAGUGCUAGAGCUCUGGGACAGGCUUUAUCACUCUUGGUUUGUGAAGAAUGUAACACAUUCUGGAAGACACAAAGGACACAAAUGGCACAUAAACCGUCAAAACAGCUGGCUUGGUGAUAUCCUGGACUGGCAAGAUGUUGCAUCAUUUGUUCAUGAGAACAUCGAAACAUUUCUUUCGGCAAGAGAGAGAAGGAGGAGAAACUACACGAUAGGUGCUAGCCGUGUAAUUUACAGCAUUGCCGCACAGUGCUUAGAAACUGUGAUCCUGGAGUCUUUGUGGAUAGUGAUGAGUCGCAACGUGAGCCUCUUGUUUACUACAGUUACAACAUUAGUGACAAUCCUCUUCUAUAGUGGGACAGCACUUCUCAAUUUUGUGCUUUCAGUGGUGAUUUUUCUGACCACACUGUUCUACCUGUUGAGUUCCAGUGAUGAGUACUACAAGCCAGUAAAGUGGGUGAUUAGCCUGACACCUUUGUCUCAGCCAGGUCCCUCCUCAAAUAUAGUGGGUCAGUCUGUGGAGGAAGCAAUAAGAGGUGUAUUUGAUGCUUCCCUCAAAAUGGCUGGGUUCUAUGGACUCUACACUUGGCUGACUCACACUAUAUUUGGGAUUAACAUAGUCUUCAUACCAUCUGCAUUAGCAGCAAUCCUUGGUGCAGUGCCGUUUCUGGGGACAUACUGGGCAGCCGUCCCUGCAGUCCUAGAUUUGUGGCUUGUGCAAGGACAGGGAUGCAAAGCCAUUUUGCUCUUGGUUUUUCACCUCUUGCCAACCUACUUUGUAGAUACAGCAAUUUAUUCAGAUAUAUCAGGAGGUGGCCAUCCUUACCUGACAGGUCUCGCGGUAGCUGGUGGAGCAUACUACCUGGGGCUGGAAGGAGCCAUCAUAGGACCAAUUCUACUUUGUAUACUUGUGGUUGCUUCCAAUAUAUAUAGUGCCAUGUUGGUGAGUCCAACAAAUUCAGUGCCCACUCCAUCACAAUCAGCAUGGCCAUUACAGAUUUACCGGUCAUCUAGAGAGAGUCCUGAAGAGAUUAAAAUGGCUGCAGAGUGAUGAAGGUGCUGUGCUGCAUCUAUUGAGCAUGAGAGAAUCACUGUCUUCUGUCUGGAGUUCCCAACAGUCAUGGCCUUCUGUCCCUUUCCAGCUGUGCCUAGGGGCAGCUCACAGGGAAGCACAGCAGCAUAGCUUGGGUUUUAACAGAAAGUACUUCUUAAACUUCUUGAGCUGGCCUUAUGUUAUUGUGCACUUUGCCUCCUCAGGAGAGAAUGUCUAAUUCCCAUGGCUUUGCAUACCAACACACAGUUCAGCUGCCUUGUUGAACGCCUUGAAGGCUUCUGUCUUCAUAAAAAGAAUAGUUAAGAGGCCAGGUAUAUCCACUGGAGCAGUAAUCUUGUCUGCAAAAAUUACUAACUUGGCUUUUAUUUAUUGGGAUACUUGUGUUAUUAAAUUGUAGUAUCUUUAAAGAAAGCUAAUUUCAAAAUAAUUUAUUUUCAGUUAAUCUGGUGGCAAAAAAAGGUGUAAACCACUUAUUGAUAAAUGAAAGUAGAAUAUAAUUAUUUGCUGCUCCUCUCUUUAGAGGCUUUGACCAUUAUCUGUAACUUCUAAUAACACUAUAUGCACUGAAAUUUAAUGUUGUUAGAGGCUGAUACUUCUUAUGUUUUCCUGAAAUUAGUAGACAUGCAAAUUGUUAAAUGUGAGUUUUCCUCGUAUUGCAAUAGGAAGACUUAUUUAAAUAGUUUGAACCUUUUUCUUACUUGCAGUGAAAUCUGUUAGUAUUUUGCUGUUUACUCACCAUCCCAGUGGAGUCAUCUGGUCAACUAAACUUAAUCAAAGACCUUAAAUGUUUCAGGCAGGGGUAAUGUACCUCAUCUGUUCAUCUGGAAGUCACAUCUGCUUCCAAUAGUAGGAAGAAGUUGAGUGAGGAUUGUUGAAUGUUGUUUUUUAAGUGCUGUGGCAGAGUUCAAACUUUUCAAGCAAAUUUAUUUCCAAAGAGGAAGGGGAAAGAACAUGAAUUUUGGUUUAGUUUAGUUUGAGUUGGGGUUUUUUUUCUGCUGUAGCCUCCUGGCCAAAUAACUUUAUAAGAUAUAUAUUAUGACAAAUCUCAAAAAUAAAUGGAGUUCUUAAUUUCCUGAAAUGGUGUGUUACCUAGGUCACAACAUCAGACUCCUAGUGCUUUUCUUUCAUAUGUAAUUUUGCUUAAAUUGCAGUGUUGGUGACAUUUAAGGCCUGUUGUAUUGAUUGUUGAAACACUUUGACACAAUGAAUCUUUAUAAAUGUAUCCUUCCUAUAAAUAGGAAGUAGGGGGUUUGGUGGAAAUUUUAUACUUGAACAGCUUUUCCACAAGUAUAGUGAGGGCCGCGGGUACAAAGUAGCAGACACACAUGCUUAACCAAAGAACCACCUUCCAGUUUUAGUAAUGUCUCUUCAAUUUAUGUCAGAGUUUGACUGAUAAAGAGUUAUACAAGAUCCAGGCAAGUCUUAUAUUUAUUGUUGAUGGUAAUGCAACCAUUGGAGCAAAAAUCUGUUCUUAUCUAAGGAUAAGGAUAUCUAACAUCUUUGUACAAACAGCUCUUGUUAAUGUGGGUGUUUGUUUUAAUUGAGUUGCAGAAGUUCUGGUAGAUUUGGAAGGCUCUUAUUUUAAUGAUAUUGCAUGUAUUUUUCAUCGUUUCUGAAAAUACAUUGCCAUAGAAAGGAGUUGGACAGUACUCUGAUACUUCCUAAGCAAGGAAGGGCUGCUGUAGGUUUGCAAUAAACGGGCUGCCUAUUAAGACACAAAUAGCCAACUCCUACAGUUCUCAAAAUUAGCUGCUGCAGUUUCACUGAUGAAAUUGUAUGCUUAAAUGAAGGGGUUUGAGUAUGGUGAUUUUACACCUGCAGACUUGCAGGUAUGUGUUUGGAUGACAGGCUUAAUUUAGUGGUUUGGCUCAAGUCAUUGAAAUAUGGAAACAUAGCAUUUAAUAUUUUAAAUUCUGAAAGACCUACAUAUCAAUUCCAACUAACUGAAUAGGAAGGAUAUAUUGCUUAAACUAAGUAACUGUCCGGUGCUUAUUUAUUUCCUUGGUUUUGUGGCUUACAUAGACUCUCCAAUGAAACGCAUUCUUAUGAUUGCUGCUAGCUAGGAUGGAAGAUGACAAAGAACCUGAGGGUGUCCCUAAGUAUUUCUGCAACAUUCUAACCAGAUUGAAUACUGUGAUACCUGGGAAACUUCUUUGUUAUAUUACUUCUUUGUUGUUCACAGUUUUGCACUGAAAUGUUGUAUUCUCACUGUACCUUUUUGUAGACAGCAUUUAAAGAUUACUAGCAAGAAAUAUGCAUCUUUAAUGUAUUUCCAGUUUUCCAUUGCUCUGCUUUGCUCACUGGUCAAGAUAUUUGUAUCGUCCACAUUUGCUAUCCUAGUUAUUUCUGAGACAAUCUUUCAGAUUGCUAUAGUACUCAAUAUAGUAAUUUAAGAAUGUCAUCUUAAAGCAUUCUUUUGUUUGUUUGUAAAUUUUCUUCUUGCCCCUCCCACUUCACCUGACCUCCUUAAAUCAAAGAAGGGUCUCUGCUGCGAAAACUUAAAAUGGCAUUUCAGACACAGCGUCAGUAAUGGCAUAUCAGUAAAAUCAGCUGAGAAGAUAUGUUCUUGUUAUAAAAUGUGCCUUUCCCAACAUAAAGAGAAACCAUUUUGUAUAGAGAACUCAUAUCUGAUGUAGUCUUGUUAGUUUUCCCUCCUUUGCCAUGAGGCUUCAUAUUGACACUUCCAGUUUCAAAUUCUUCCAAGAGUUGCCAUGAAGAGCCAUCCAUAGUACAGUCUUUCUCAGUAAAUGUAGCUUAAGGAGCUCAUGCUAUGUGCCAUGCCUGGUGAAGGAAACGAUUGUAUGGUUCAGUGGUGGUACAGUAACUUUAUACUGUCAUAAAGAAGAAACAAAACCACCAAUAAUACCUUCUUAGAAUAUGAAUAUUCAUUGGAUUUUGCCAUGCUUAAAAAAAACCAGCAAAACAGCAACAAAAAGACCAAACCCCACAAAAUCCUACCUUAUGAAAAAGCAUACCUUGAUUAUUUAAGGGUUUAAAUGUGUAAUUACCAGUAGAAAUGGAAGAACUUGUCCUUGCGUAUUUAACAGUCUGUAUUCUUUUCUGAAAAGACUUAGCCUCUUUAAGAGCAGUUUAGUUUAGAUCAGUCUCAGAUUAAUGUGAAAAUACUCAAACUGAUUGUUUUGACUUGCGGUCAUUGUAACAUGCCAGCUCCUGGUUAUAUUGAUUCAUCUGCAAAAGCAACCAGCAGCUCUGUGGCAUAAGCUUUUAGAUGGCUUGUGGGUUUAAAAAAUCAAAAAGGAUGGGAAACUCCUCAUACCCCCUUUUCUGUAGUGGCAUUAAAGUACAAUUUUCUUAGGAGAGACCAUCUUAUCAUAAUGCUUAAAGGCAAGAAGUUGGUGGCCUUCAGCUUUACUGUAAAGAAUCAUUCCAGGAGCAGGUAUUUACUUGUAUUUAGUGUAUUUAGUAUUCCAGUUGAACAAAACUAAUUUGAACAAAACCAAUUAGAAUUCAGAAGGGAAUGCUUGUAGUAAACCAAGACGAUGUGGUCUUACAGUACUGUGAAAUACAACUGUGAUGGUUUUCAUCAUUCUCUUUUAGCAAAUCUGGCUUUUUGCAAGUAGUGGAGUGCCAAAGGGCUAGUGGUAACUGCUUCUUGUGCUGAGUCAAACUUCACCCUUCCCCCCCUUCCUGUACCUUAGCUGAAUGUUCCUGUGUUAUAGCAGAGCUAGCAGAAGUGCAUGUGUGCCAGUUUACAGGCCAGCAUGUUAACUUGGGGUCACUGUAAAUACUGGCUUAAUUGAAUACAUGAAGCAGCAAACUAUAAUGGAUGAGAAUCUGGCACACAUUGUUUUUGUCAGCCUAACUGCAGUAUGGUAACUUUCAGCAUAGAUGCUCCAUGACCAGCUGGGAGCAGUAAUGGCUUAUUUUGAAGACUGCUUUUUUAAAAAAAUAAAUUUUAACGUUAUGCAUACAAUACACAUUUUUCAUAAAUUGAUACCCACAUGUCUGAUAACAGAGACAGCAGUCAGAUACUUUCAUGUGCAAAUGGUAUGUAUUUGCAGCCCAUCUAGGGUACAUGUAGGCUUGAUGGACUACUUGAUAGCCACAUGGACUAUGUGGCUUCUCUUGAAGACUUUGGGGAAGAAGAUGUGUGUAAUUUGUCAGUUAUUACUAGAUUAGGAAAUCCUUAAUCUGUUUAAUUAAAAUAAUAACAUUGUAUAGGAAAAUUGGAUGCUGUCUCCAGUAUUGUAUUUCGUGGGUAUCAGUGUAACUUAUGAAAUAGGUGUAUGGCCACAACGUUAAAUGUUUGUUUUCAGAGAGCCUAAAAAUACAAAAGUGGUUAAAAUUGUCCCCAGUGAAAGCAGCAGCAGAAUUGUUGUGCUGCUUAUCCCUAUAUUGGUGACAGAAUAUUGCAGAGUGCUGCCUUCUUUUAUGGACCUGAUACAUUAAGGGUGGGAAAAUACCAUUAUUCUACUGACUUUGUAGCUUCGUAUCAGUGGUAGAAGAUGAUCCCACAGCUGCCUUUAUUCACACAUUGUGUUCAUGUUAUCGUGGCUUAAGUUUGUCACUGCAGAGAGCACCACCUUUGUAGACACUACAUCUGAAAACAGCCCCAACUUCCUUUAGAAGGUGCUGAAAGGUGUUAGAAUUGGAGUUAGUAUUCAUUAUGUCCAAUAGUGGAGGUGGCAUUCUUCUUCUAGAGAUGCAGUUGUUUGCCUUGAAGUUUUCAAUUUUACAAGAGGAAAUUGAUUUCCCAGUUGAAUAACGUUUAUUGAGUGACAGCUGACAUCUUGUAAAUCUGUGGGUGCAUCAUUUUUCUAAACUGUCUUGGCUUAUAUUUCAAAGGGUUUCCCCUUACCAUUAUUUCUUACACUUUUUAUAAAGUGUACUUAGGCAAUCCUCAUUUCUGUUUAUACAAAACUAGAAUUGGCUGUUAACAAACAGAAGUGGUGAGCAUAUUCAGGGAUUCUACAUUGGGUUUGUAAGUGUAUAUAUUGAUAUACAGUAUUACAUAAAUACAAGCAAUGUCUAGCCUAUUCGGACAACUGAAAUUUUGUCUUAGCUUUUUUUAAGAUAUCUGAGAACAAAAUAGUGCCUGUAUAUAGUGAAAACAAGCAACAUUUUUCUUAAACGGAUACGUGAUAAAGGUUGGGGGAAAGCCACACAAAUAUUGGUAGGGUGACUUGAACUGUUUAGUUGUAGUUAAUAUAAAGUUGGGAAAAACUGUUACAUGUAGUAGUACAUUGCUAAGUGAUUACUCCUCCUGAAAGUAUUUGCACACAUCUACUAAAGAGCUGCCAAAAUUUAUGGGUCAUGAAAUAAUGUCUUCAUUAUUCUUUUAAGCUCUUCCACACCUCGUCUAGUAUUCUGUUUCAAAUCUGUUUUAAUACAAGUACAUGAGAGAAUUGCUUCAUCCUCUGUUGGGAUGGAUUCCAGGACCUGAAAAGCAUUCUUUGAAUGUCCUUACUGAAAUGGUAUGUCCAAUUCAGGAAGGAACUCCUAAUUGGCAAGUAAAUGCAUCCUUGAUAGACUCUGCAUAUGGAUGGACUUGGAUAAACAUAAUUCAUGCUGCACUGAAUUAGAUGUUCUUCUUUGAAUAUAGCACUGAUGAUACCAAAGCUAGAGUUGGGUUAGAAGCAAGGUAUGUCUGCUUGCAGCAGAAAGUAUUUGUAAGCUCAUAAAGACAGAGUGAGUGCUCUAAAAUCCACAUAUAUCAGAAGAAUUUUCGUGAUGGUGUGAAGCAAAAAUGUUAAUUUCUUUUCCUAGACUCACUUUUUGUCACUUGACUGUUACAAUGAUCCAAUGAGGACCUAAAGUCAAAGUAAUAUUUGAUGAUAUUGGGGUAGAUUAAAUGCAAAAAGCAUUUAAAGCCAAAGCCAAAAAGUAGCCACAGAACAAAAGUUCACAAAGCUUAAAAACUGACAUCCAGGCCAUAAAGGUAGGGGUUGGGGGGAAUCAAAAUCCACAUUUUGGGCCCCUUUCUGCCAGUCUCUGCUGAAAACUGAAGCAUUUUGAAAAAGGAUCAGUAAAAAGUAUUUUUGUGUUGUUUAUAACUUCCUGGCUGUGUAGAUCAAUGUUUGCAGUUUCAAGCAUCUGUCAUCACUGGUAUGUACUGCAAACAUACAAUUUGUUCAGAUUUGUUACCUUUAAAAUGAAUUUUCUAUGCUUCAAUGAUUGUUGGAAACCAACUUUUUAUACUAAUAGUUAGGUGUUUACCUAUACAGAUGCAUAUAUAUAUAUAUAUAUAUAUAUAUAUAUGUGUGUUAACUGAUGUUUGAUGUUUUGUUCAUAAUACUAAGGAAGGGUUUUUUUUCCCUUUGGUAAAUCUCACCAAAUCCAAAGAAAGCUUUGACACCAUGACCUAAGGCUGGCUAAACCCUACUCAAACUCAGCAGUAGAUCUUUUGCAUUAUGAAGCGCGGGUUGUUCUAAAGCAUGCAUUCCAACCCAGGACCUGUGGGAAUCUGGAGCAAUAACUUCCACUGUUUGUUGACACAAAUUUUGUUUUCAAUUGUACGUGUGAUAUAUCUUCAGAGUGGAGCUAUGUUCAAAAUUGGUGUUAUCAUAAUUGGUUUUGGUAUGGUACCUGGUUUUGCAUGUAUGAUAUUGAAAAAUAUAACCCCUGUGUCCAUCUGUGGCAGGACAAAAAGUGUGAGUUGAAAUUGAGAAGUGCUUGUGUGGACUGCACAGGUAUUGAAACUAAAUAAUUUUGGUUGUAUGCACAGUCCUCUUCCUAAUAAAAACUUUUUUUUUGUAACAGGUUUGAGAAGCUUUUAACUUAAUAUUGUAUUCUCACGGCAGUCCUUUGUAAGCACAGAAUGGUUAAUAUAUUUUGAAAUAAAAUGCUGUUAAUGUAAAGAAAA